CCUGCGCCGCCCCGGAGCCCGGCCGUGCCCGGAGCGAUGCCCCGGCCCGGCGGGGGGACCCCAGCGCGCCCCGCCCGGCUCCUGGCUCCGUGAGCGGGGAGCGAUCGCGCAGCGCAGCGCACUGGGUGGUGGCCCCGUGGAGAGGAAUCCCCAGCCGUGGUGCUGCUUCUCCAGGGCGCAGCAGAUGUUUCCCGGGGGCGUUGCUGAGCCCGGCCACAAGGGGACCAUGCCCUCCUGGCGGAGCCAGGGCCGAGCUGCGCCCACCGCCCACUGACGGGCCCCCUCCCUGGGGAAGACCAUGGUAAGGGCUCCCAGCCCUGGACUGGACAGAGCCACCUCCACGUGAGCUCCCCGUGCCCUCAUGAUGAGCACAGCCUACAUCGUGCUGGAGCUGAUCAUUGCGGUGCUCGCCAUUGCUGGCAACGUCCUGGUGUGCUGGGCUGUGGCCAUCAACAGCACCCUGAAGAACGCCACCAACUACGUCCUGGUGUCGCUGGCCGUGGCCGACAUCGCCGUGGGCUUGCUGGCCAUCCCCUUCGCCAUCACUAUCAGCGUUGGCCUCGAAACGGAUUUCCACAGCUGCCUCUUCUUCGCCUGCUUCGUGCUGGUGCUAACCCAGAGCUCCAUCUUCAGCCUGCUGGCCGUGGCCAUCGACAGGUACCUGGCCAUCAAGAUCCCGCUCAGAUACAAGAGCCUGGUGACCGGGAAACGGGCAAGAUGGCUCAUCGCCGUGCUCUGGCUCCUCUCCUUUGGGAUUGGACUGACCCCACUGAUGGGCUGGAACAGAGCCCCUGAUGAGCAGGAAAACAGUCGCUGCCAGAAUUCUACCAAUAGCUCGGCCAACCAGCAGGGCUGCUUAAUAAAAUGUCUCUUUGAGAACGUGGUCACCAUGAGCUAUAUGGUCUAUUUCAACUUCUUCGGCUGUGUGCUCCUCCCACUCUUCAUCAUGUUGGGCAUCUACAUCAAGAUCUUCACGGUGGCCUGCAAGCAGCUGCGGAAGAUGGAGUUGACGGGUAACUCCAGGACUACCCUCCAGAAGGAGGUCAAUGCGGCCAAGUCUCUGGCCAUCAUCGUGGGGCUCUUUGCCUUCUGCUGGCUGCCCCUGCACAUCCUGAACUGCAUCACCUACUUCCACCAGGACUUUGCCCACAACAAGCCCGAUUGGGUGAUGUACAUGGCUAUCAUCCUGUCCCAUGCCAACUCGGUCAUCAACCCCAUUAUCUAUGCCUACAAGAUCAGGGACUUCCGCUGCACCUUCCGCAAGAUCCUCACCAAGUACAUCCUCUGCAGGAUGGAGGACGUCCCCAAGGGCUCCAAUGGCAACAUCCGGCACCUGACUGUCAGCAAUCUCAACUCUGCUCCUGUAUUUAUCUGACCAUGCCUGUCAUCCUGCAGCCUGACCCUGACCAACCCAACCCUCCCCACUCCUUGUGCCUAUGUGGAGGGUGGACCAGGAUCCCGAUGAGUCCCACUAUAUAAUGUACAGCUCUAUUUUUUUAAAUUUUUUUAUUUUAACAUAGUGCCUCGUAGGGGAAAACAUGGCUGGGGAGGCAGUGUCCUGCCUACCCUGUCUUCUGACCUUCGAGUUAUGGGGGGCUGGUGAUUGUAUUUCUUCCUAGGUCAAAGGUUGGAAGCCCUACGUCCUGGGGUAGGUUUCCCCAGCCAUGCUGCUCAUAUCAGUUCCUGGCCUUUGGGAUUUUAUUUAUUUAUUUUUGGCUCACUCAGAAGGAUUUUUUGUUGUUGGUUCAUUUUCUAUGUACUUGAUGCCACUUUGGUAAAGACCCUAUUUUUUCCAUCAAUUGUUUGAUGCAGCUAGUAUUCUCCCAUGGGAAAUAAUCUUAUGUAGCCCACUUGCUAGUGUAAAACUGAAGCCAUGACCCAGAGUCAGAGGAGAUGGGCUGGUGUUAAUGAGGAAACAAGGCAGUUAAAUGGAGAUCCGGCUUCGUUCGUAAAAGGAUGCCCUGCUCGAAGACUGAUAGUUGAGAGGAGAUCUUGUGCUCACCCCCUUUCAUAGGACUGACUAUGCUCCAUGGAGCCUGGUAGCCCAUCUCUAGCAGUGAACACCUGCUGCUCUACCAAAAAGCCAAACCCUGCUGGUAUUCACAGUGAGGUUGCUUCAGUGGCCACUGACGUCAAUGAAAAGAUUCCACUGAUUCAUGGGCUUUGGGGCAGAUCCCUAGAGGCUGGUCCUGUUACCCCUGAAGUCAAGGGCAAAGCUCAUGCUGCCUUCAAGGGGGCAGGAUCCAAGUGUGUGCUGCUCUGUGCCCUCAGGAGCUGCAGCUCCUAUUGGCCUUGCACCUACCUGCUGUUGUGAUGACUGUCAGCCCCAGGGCCAUGCUGCAUUCCCAGUGCACUGUGGCGUGAGCUCAGGAUGUUGAGAAGUCUUUCUCCUAGCUUUGGGGGGGGUUAUGUCUGGUUAUCUGGAGGGGAUUUAAUUGGCCUGUGAAGUUAGAAUGCUGUCUUGCAAGCAACGGCCCCAUGGCACAGCCCAGCCCUUUGGAACAGGUGCUAACGGGAGAGCAAGGUUUGGUUCUUGGGGGGGUUAGACUGGGUCAAAAAUUGCUACAGCCACAGCCCUGGCUCAGGGGCUAAUUUGCACCGUCUUGGCCACUGACUGUUCUAUACUUCCACUGAAGGGCAGAGAUGCCCUAAUGUGCACUGCGGGUUAAUAACUCUCGGCCAGCCUAGCUUUUGGGGGUUUUAAAUGACUAAGUCCUAUUUAAUAUAUGAACUGGGUACACACAGGUGGGGAGAAUAAUGCGGCAUUUGCAUCAUUAUUCGCUCCAAAGGGGUUGACUGUGUUGAAGCUGUCAUUCAGGAUGCAAGGAGCAGCUAUGUGUACCUGGUAUGCCCUUUUGCUCUAAGGGGGCUCAGAAUUCCAGUAAAACUAGCCCCCUCCUCGCCCCACAUGCCUACGGCUGCAAGUCUGGACGACACUGACAGGGAGGGCAGAAAUGGCAAAAGGGCCGGAUUUCCUACCAGCCUCCAGACUGGCCAUUAAAAACAAUACCCAGUAACAGUGCUAAUGGAAAGAAGAAACUGGCUUGUUACAGGGCAAAUCAACGGCUAGGUCUGCAAACUACAGGCUUAGGCUUCAACCCUCUUCUAUACUGGAACCUUAGGAGAAGGUUCUUAAAGUGCCAGUGAAGUGGCAAAUUUAAUCUCUGAGCCACUUGGCAUGUGAGCACCAGGGAGCUGUAGUUCAUGCCUGUGUAUUUAAUAGGGUCGCCGCUGGGCAGCUCUCACAUGCACAGCCCAUGCUCAGAGCUGCCCCUCUGGGGCCAGGUGGUGGGAAGGAGGAGCCAUUAACCUGAGUGAGAGCGAUGGAAACCAAACCCCGCUCCUGCCACUCUUCGCAAGGCAGUCGCUGUGAAGAGGGCAGGUGGGGGGGGCUAGAGCGGUCUGUCAUCGGGAAAUGUAACUUGAAUAACGCUCUAGCCAGCUUUCCAUUGCUUUUAGUUUAUUUUGCACUGCACGAAACGGAAUCAGAAAAAAUCCCCUCCUCUUUCUUACACUAAGCCUCUGACCUGAGGGGUCAAUGAGGGAGGUUGCUGUGGCUCAGCAGGUGUGAGACAGGGUGGUUGUGGGACCAAGGGCCUCUAACCAUCCAUGGCGCUAGGAGGCAAGGAGAUGGGUUAGCUGCCCUGUGGCUACAAAGGGCCAGAUCCAAACCUGACUGAAUCCGAACUGUGAUUUCGAUGGUACUGCCCCUGCUGCCGUCAACUUAGAUCAGGUCCCAACUGUGGCUCCAGUCAGCCUGUUAAUCCUUCAGCUAGUAUCAAAAGGGUUAAAAUUAUGGCCCUGUGUCUUUCUCCUUCCCUUUGCAGCUCAUCUCUGGUGCAACUUCCUUGCUCCCAGUCCGUCCCACAGCUGUGACCACUUCCUGCCUUCUCAGCAGGACUCAUCUCAUUUCAAUCUCUCUAUUGUCUCUGGCCGCCUCGCUCCUAUUAAUCAUGGAAGGGACCAGCCAGGGUCUGACCCGUGGGUCGGGGAGGGUUGCAACCCACAUAUGUCAUUGCAACAAAAACCGAGUGCUGGCCUCCUUCUCCUUAAAACAAAUCGCAGUCUAGAGUGCAUGAGAGAGAGCAUAAUGCACAGUACUAAAGCAGGGGCCCAGCAGUUAGUUAAUGACUGAUCAAGGAAUAGCUGUAGGUGACCUUUUACACUGCAAGCCAGGAUCCACUACACAUCCCUUCUGAUAUGCCUGUGAGGAGCCAGGGGACGUUUGCCAUGUGCUGUUGUCACUGUUUCCCUAGCUGGGAUGUGCCACUGGCUUCUUUUAAUUUAUUAACUAAGUUGUUUGAAAGGAAAACAAAUGAGUGCUGAAGAUUUCUAAAAAUGUGAAUCCAAGUAAAAUGGCAGAGGAACACUCACCGCCCGUGUCUGGAGUUCUUCACAUGUCACUUAACCCAUGUGUUCCUGAUGUACAUAGGCUGGAUGGUAUUUGCCUCUUGUUACUUGGGCUUUGUAGUUACAGUAACUUUGUUAUUUACAUACAGAACGAAUACUUAAAUUUACCACUGAAAACAA